CGUCUUGUUCACCAGAAGAAAUCUGGGACUCAACGCGAAGCCUAAUUAAUUAACUAGCUGGAAUACGCAAGGGGUCAAUGACGAUCCGCGCAGGUUUCGAAUCUUACCGGGCGUCGCCGGUGGACAUGCGUGUCAUCACAUCGGACGGGCAGAGCAUCGCCGCGCACUCCUACGUUCUUGCCUCGUCAUCGCCGGUGCUGGAGCGGACGAUCGACGCGUCGCGGCGCGGGUGGGGCGCAGAGUGCACCAUCCGCAUCCUCGGCGUCUCCGCCGACGCCGUCCACGCCUUCAUCCAUUUCCUCUACUGCUCCAAGGUAACGCCUGAGGAGGAGGAGGUGGUGGGCGCGCACGGUGCACAGCUGCUGGCGCUCGCGCACGCGUACCGGGUAGGGUGGCUGAAGCGCGUGGCCGAGGCCGCCGUGUCGGCGCGGCUCACCCCCGACCGCGCCGUGGACAUGCUGAAGCUGGCCAGGCUCUGCGACGCGCCCAGGCUGUACCUGCGGUGCGCGCGGCUCGCGGCCAAGGACUUCGCCGCCGUCGAGCUCUCCGAGGGCUGGCGCUUCGCCCGCCGCCACGACGCCGCUCUCGAGCUGGAGCUCCUGAAGCUAAUUGAAGACGCCGACCAACGGGAAAAUCGGUGGGCGCGCGAGAGGGCCGCGCAGGAGGCGUGCCGGCAGCUCGGCGAGGCUAUGACCACGCUCGAGCACAUCUUCCCCGGCAGCAGCGGCGCCGCCUGCGCGACGGAUGGCUGCUCGUGCCGGGGCCUGCAGCUCCUGAUGCGUCACUUCUCGACGUGCGCAAAGAAGACAUCGCCGGGAGGCUGCGCGCGGUGCAAGCGCGUGCUGCAGCUCUUCCGCCUGCACGCCUCCGUCUGUGACCGGACGGAGCAGACCUGCCGUGUGCCGCUCUGCAGAAAUUUCAAAGGCAAGACAGAGGCCAAGAAAGCAGACAAGACAUGGCGGCUUUUGGUGAAGAAGGUCACUAGAGCGAAGGUGAUGUCCUCCUUGGCCAAUAGGAAGGUGUCGGAGGUCGUGGCCGCAUCAUGGUCGCGGUACAAUGGAAGGGCAGCCAACUUGAGAUGAGAAAUGCCAAUUGGUCAUCAACAUGUAGUUUAAACGUCGUGUUUAGCAACGAGGGUGUAGGCAGUGAAUUCAGGUUGUAUUGUGUAGUUUUAGUGAUACUAGUAUACUAGUAUAUAUA